CAUGAGAGAGGAGAGAAACAAUCUUUACAUCCGAGCUUAUCCUAUCUUGAGAGAAUUUUGCGCAGAGAAAGGUUUAGAUUUUCUAGUAUCUGAUAUGCGUUGGGGAAUAACGGAUGAUGCCAUAAACGGACACUCGCUAGUAGAUAUAUGUUUGAAAGAAGUUGAAAGUUGUAAAUCAGUAUCUGCAGGGCCUCAUUUCGUGGCAAUAAUAGGGAAUAAAUACGGCUUUAUACCGUCUCCAAGUUCAAUAUCAAAGGAAAAUUUUGAAUUAUUUUGUGAAAUGUUAAAAGAUGGACACACAGACGAUUUAGAACUUUUAAAGACUUGGUAUAUAAAAGAUGAAUCAUCAAAGAAAAAGCGCUACAUUCUCAUUCCAUUAAAGAAAUAUUUCCCAAAUUACAAUACCGAUAUCGAGCAACGUAAGGAGUGGGAGAAAAUCUCGGAAAGACUACAGAAUACUAUGCGAUUUUGUUCUUCAAGAUUAAAACCGGAAGAGUACCGUUUAUAUUUCACAUCGAUUACGGAAAAAGAGAUUGAAAGUGGAUUAUUGAGAACUUUGAAUUCGUCAGAAAGAAGUGCAGUAUUUAUAAGAAACUUUUCCAGUCCAAAUAUGGAAGAUAAAAUUAUUCCUAGAUUUUUCGAUGUUAAGUACUCGGAAGAAAAGAGAAAAAACUUAGAUAAUCUUAUUGAAAAUAAGAUACCAUCAGCUCUGAAAGAUGAUGGAAUUAUUAAAAAGUAUGAAAUUCCAUGGACAGAAGAGGGUGUUAAUCCUUCUAGUGCAAUUCAUAAAGAAUAUUUGGACAAUUUUAUAACCGACUUUGUUGAAACGAUGAAAAAUCUUAUUGAAAAUGCAAGCAAAAUUAACACUACCUAUUUUUCAACUUAUAGCCAUUUAGAAGAAAUUCUACAUCAUUCAAGAAUAAGUUUAGAUAAAUGUUCCUCAUUUUCUGGAAGAGAAAAUGAUUUGAACGAAAUACAUAAAUAUAUCGAAGAUACAGCCUGUACUACUCCAUUAGUUAUUUACGGUAAAUCUGGUGUUGGUAAAACAGCAUUCGUAGCAAAAUCAGUGGAAUUAAUUUAUGGUUUAUAUCCUGAAAGUGUUAUUAUUCAACGAUAUUUAGGAACUUCUCCAAAAAGUUCUAGCGCUGUAUUACUACUUCAGAACCUUAUACAGCAAAUAUGCAUGGUCUUUGAAUUGCAAGAUAUAUGGUCGAAUGCAUCUAAUAUAUUAACAUCUCUCAAUUCUUUGGAUCAGCUGUCAAAUAAUCUAGAUACAAGUUGGAUACCAGAGUUUUUACCAAAAUAUUGCAAAAUUAUCUUUUCAACUUUACCAAAUGAAACUUUAACCAAGCUAAAAUUUAAAAUACCAAAUUUAAAGCUAUUACAUGUUAAACCACUUUUAAAGGCAGUUUGCUUGGAUAUAAUUCAAUCACAUCUUGAAAAGAGAUCAAGAUUAUUAACAAAGAAACAAUGGGAAAUUUUGGAAAAUUUCUUUGAAGCAGGGGCCGAUGCCUUACAUAUUAAGUUAAUAGCGGAUACAGUUAUCCAAUGGAAGUCUUUUUUCGUUGAAGAAGAAUCGUUAGCAAAAACUGUUAAAGAAGCUAUUAAAAAAGUUUUCCUGAAGUGUGAGGCUGAGUUGGGUUCAACUUUUGUUCAAUACGCUUUAGGCUUUAUAAGUACAUCAAAGCAAGGAUUAACCGAAAUCGAAUUAUCGGAUGGACUAUCUACUACAAAUGACGUUCUGGAUUCAGUUUAUGUUUAUCACUCACCUCCCUCCCUCGAAACAAUACAAAUACCACCUCUGCUGCCUGCUAGAUUGUUAAGCGUGCUUUCAGAAUAUCUCACAAAGAGGAAAGUGGACAAAAAAAAUGUCUUAUUCUGGUAUCAUAGACAAUUUUGGGAGACUGCGUACGACAUGUACGUUGAGAAUUUUAGCUUGGCUCCGAAAAAAAUGCUUUAUUAUAACAUGCUAGAAAUAUAUACCUCUUCUGAUGGAAUUAAAAAAGACUUAGUUCUAUCUAAAAGAAAGUUGAAAAUAGAUACUGUGGAUAGAGGUAUUUUAAAAAGAAAUCUAAAGAGUCAAAGAACAAUUAACUGUAUUCUACACUAUUCAAUUCAACCACUUUUUCACGACGAUACUACAUGUAAAAAGUUUCGGAAGCUAACUUUAUUUAAUUUUGAAUGGCUAUUACAAAAGAUAAUCGUCUGUUCAAUAUCGGAUCUCUUAUUAGAUAUUUUACACAUCUUAUCGUUUUGUUCACACGAAGAAGUUGAAUUAAUGAAUGAUUUUCUGUGCUUGAUAUCUUUUUCACUUCGCUUAAACCCUCUAGCUUUAGCAACGGAGAUUGUAUCUCGAUUGACUGCAAAGGUUCUAUUAGAAAAAGAAGAAUUUUUUGACUUAGUUUCGUCUGCUAAAGAUUGGAUUGAAAAAUUCCAUGGUCCUUUAAUAUAUCCCAUACAUAAGGCCUAUUAUAGCCCUGGUUCGAUAAUACGUUCUAGAAUUGUGGGACCGCAACACUUUAUAGCAAUUAGUUCAUGUGAACAAUUUUGCCUCGCGUCAAGUGGUUUCCAUGGAUUAGCUGUUUAUAGUUUAAAAUCUAAUGAUCUUAUUCAUAAAUUACAUAAAAAAUGGAAAGCGAAAAUUAAUCAUUUCGUUAAAUUUUCGUCAAACGAGAAAUUAAUUAUUGGUGUAGAAGAUUUUAGCUUAUAUAAUUCACAAGAUAAUUUUCAAGUAAUAUACAUAUGGGAAUUGGAAUCUGGAUGCUUAAAAUUUAAAGCUCGUUUACCUGGCCAACAUACACCUGAGAUGGUUAUAACAAAGGAUGAUAUGGUAGUUGCCGUAUGUAGGCUUACAUGCUUUUGUUUAAAAAUAGACGAAAAUAAUAGUUUGAAAUGGAUGGAGCUUGCUACUCCUCACGAAACUUUACAUUCUGCUUUGUUCCUUUCUAAUGGAGCUUAUUGCAUAACAUUUGGAAAAUCAGAUUUACCUAAAUAUACAAUAAGAAAAGGUUUAUUCUUGGAAUUUAAUGACGUAGUUAUAUUUACAUAUGAAAACAAUGAGGAAGUCGGAUUAGCAACUUACAGUUGUUUAACUUUGAAUGAUCCGCCAAUCCUACUCGAUUCGUUAGAAAAGAGUACCUACGGCACAAUUAAAGAUAUUGCUUGUUAUCAAAAUAUGGUUACGGCUUGUACAUCUUUGGGAUAUAUUUGUUUAUGGAAUAUAUCGAUUUCAAACGAUAAGAAAAGCGCUUUAAUUUAUUCAGUCAAAAUAGAUGAUAAUCUAUCUUUAGAGAAGAUUUGUAUAAAGAAAGAUUUUAUAUAUUCAACUUCAUCAAAGGGUAGAUUAUUUUCUUUCUCGAUUGAUAAAGCAACUGUUGUUAGGAGUAUUCAAGCUCAUGCCGAAGCCAAUAUCAACGGUUUAAUAAUAUCAAAGGAUGAAAAAACUCUAUAUACAACUGCUGCUGACUUAUAUAUCAAGCUAUGGAGAAUUAAUAUGCUGGGUGAAAGAAAUAAUAGCUGGGAAAGCGAAAAGCAAUUACAGCUCUCAGAAGAGGAAGGUUACUUUCGCGUAGCUGUUGAUCAAAAGAAUGAACGGAUUAUUACGUUAUCUAAUCGUUGUAUUGGAAUAUGGGAUUUUAUGGCUAAUAGGAUUAAAAUUUUGAAAAAAAUAACUCAUUUUGAGACUGGUAGCGAAAUAUUUGUAAACGAAAUGGGAGAUAUCUCCUACAUUACAAGAAAUGAAAUAGUGAAAUGGAAAGCUGAAAAUUUUGAUGAAGUCUAUAGAAUAUCAUUCAAAAACGAUAUUGUAGCGUACAAAGAUGGAAAUCUAUGGUUAAUAGAGGGAAAUUGUCUAUUUUUAUUGAAAGAUGGAGAAGAGAAAGUUGAAAAAUUGAGCGAAAAUUUGUCUAAGAAUAGUAAAUGUUGCAAAUUCCUUAUAAAUAAGGACGAAACAACGGCAUUGUUAGCGUACGAAGAGGGUAAAGCUAUACAUCUUCAAUCCUAUAAUUUAAAGUCUUUACAGAUCGAAAACAAAGCUGAUAAAAAAAUAGCAGCAGAAUAUUCGAUCGGAGAAAAAUUAUCACACAUAAAGGGUUAUAAAGAACUUAUUAGAUUAAUUAAUACUCGUACUGCUGUUGUUAGUCUACACAGCGGCGAUAUGAUUGUAUUUGAUCAAUAUUCAUUGGAAAUAAUCAAGAUUUUGAAAUAUUCGCAAAGCGGAAUUAAAGCUAUUGGAAUAUCAAAUGAUGAAGCAUAUUUAGCUGUUGGAAGAGCGAAAUCUACAACCUUAUUAUAUUCUAUUAAAGAUGGUUACACCCUUUGUAAAACGAUCAAAGGCGAGUUUAACCAAGUGUGGAGCGUGGCAUUCAAUGAAAAUAACACUCUUUUAGCCAUUGGUUAUAGAAAUAACGUGAUUGAAAUCUAUGAUCUGAAGAGCGAUAAAUUGCUUGUUCAACAUGUUUGUCAUGCCGAUUGCUAUGAAUUAAUGUUCAUAUCUAACGAUAAAUUAAUCGCCCAAUUAGAUUCUAAAGUUUAUAGAAAUGUUUGUUUAUAUAAAAUGAUGAACAUAAAAACCAUGGCUCCAACAGGGGAUCCAGGAGCAGACAUAAAGACUCUAGUUGAAAAAACGAUAACUUCAAAUGAAGUUGUAAUUUUUAGUAAAACAACCUGUCCGUUUUGCACAAAGGUGAAGACUCUGUUUAGAUCUCUCAGUGUAGUUUAUCAUUGCGUUAACUUAGACAAGCUUGAAAAUGGAGCUCAAAUUCAAGAAUAUUUGCUGACUAAGACUGGGCAGAAAACUGUACCUAACGUUUUUAUCAAAGGAGAGCAUAUAGGUGGCUACGAUAAUGUCUCUGCAUUGCAAGAAAAUUUUGAGCUAAUGCCAAAAUUGGUUACCCACAAUACUGACUAUAAAUAUGAUCUAAUUGUCAUUGGCGGUGGAUCUGGAGGUUUAGCCUGUUCUAAGGAAGCUGCUAAUCUUGGUUUAAGAGUUGCAUGUUUAGAUUUUGUCAAACCUUCGCCAAGAGGAAGUGCUUGGGGUCUUGGUGGUACCUGUGUAAAUGUAGGAUGUAUUCCAAAAAAAUUAAUGCACACGGCUGCAAUAUUGAAAGAAAGACACGAUGAUGCCCAAAAAUUUGGAUGGGAAUUCCCAAGUGGAGAUGCUAGUCAUAAUUGGGAAACUAUGAAAACUAACGUGCAGAACUAUAUUGGUAGCUUGAACUGGGGAUAUAGAGUUGCACUACGUGAUAAAAAAGUGGAUUAUAUAAAUGCUUAUGGGGAAUUCAUUGAUAGCCAUACGUUAAAAAUUACUAGAAGAAAUGGAAAAUCUGAAGAGAUUACAUCUAAUUUUUUUGUAAUUGCCACUGGAGGACGACCAACUUAUCCAGAUAUUCCUGGAGCCUUAGACUAUGGAAUAACAAGCGAUGAUAUUUUUUCUUUGGGAUAUAAUCCAGGAAAAACUCUCGUCGUUGGAGCUAGUUAUGUAUCCUUGGAAUGUGCAGGGUUUUUGGCGGGAUUAGGUCUAGAUGUCACUAUUUAUGUUAGAUCCAUUCUAUUAAGAGGAUUUGAUCAGCAAAUGGCCGAAAUUAUUGGAGAAUAUAUGGCUAACCAUAAUGUUAAAUUUGUCCGUCCUUGCGUUCCUACGAAAAUAGAAAAAAUUACAGAUGGUGAACCCGGAGUGUACCGUGUUACCGCAAACGGACCCAAUGGUGAGACUGUUGAAGAAUUCAAUACUGUUCUCUUUGCAGUUGGUAGGAAGCCUUGCACAUCUGAUAUUGGAUUAGAGAAGGUCCAAGUGGAAACGAACAAAAAGGGAGAAAUUAUCGUAGAUAUAAAUGAGCGUACCUCCGUAGAGAAUAUUUAUGCUGUUGGAGAUAUCUGUCAAAAUAGACCAGAAUUGACACCUGUUGCUAUUCAGUCGGGAAAAUUGCUUGCCCGUAGAAUGUGUAAUAGGUCAACUGAAGUAGUUGAUUAUGAUAAUAUUCCAACAACAGUUUUUACACCUUUGGAAUACGGAGCAAUCGGUCUUUCAGAAGAAGAUGCAAUAGAGAAAUACGGAAAAUUAAAUAUCGAAGUUUAUCAUCAAAAUUUCUGGCCAUUAGAAUGGACAGUAGCAGAACGCGAAUCCAAGGUUUGCUAUAUGAAACUGAUAUGCGUAAUCUCAGAGAAUGAGCGAGUAGUCGGUCUUCAUGUAGCUGGACCCAAUGCCGGUGAAAUUACUCAAGGCUGGGCAUUAGGAAUGCGAAUGGGAGCAACCAAAAAAGAUUUCGAGAUGACAAUUGGAAUACAUCCAACUUCAUCCGAAACUUUCACUACUAUGAAUAUAACGAAGCGCUCUGGCAAAGAUGCCGGAGGUACCGGCUGCUGA